UCCAGCCUUCAGCCGGCUCUGCCGUAACUCUGCCGGGGCUACGGCUGCCGUUCGCCGGCUCGCCCACGGAGAGCAGAAGCAUAUGGAUCUUGUCAGAUUCUACUCAGUAAGGCGUACAUCAUUUCCCAGAAUGCCACAGGUGUGACCCCCAACCGCUCAUCAGACUCCUGGCGACCCUUCAGCAACCUAAUCAUCUUCCUCGGAGGUUCCAUGGCAACCACAUCCGUUCACAGGCUCAGCGGUCACCAGCUGCUGCACUGAGGACACCGAAGACAGAAGCAAAGGAUUCUGGGUGUUUUUUUAAUGGACUUGGUUUUCGGGCCACAGAGGAGCGUGGGAAUUUGUCUGACUUUUUUCUUUUCCUGGAUCCUGUCUGGGUGCGGGGAGGCAAAGAAAACCAUAACUGGAACAAACCUGAAGCCUUGACGCACCGGAGGCAAUGUAACUUGAGGAAACUGAACAUAAGAAAAAGACGACUUUAAAAAAAAAAAAAUAAAAUCUUUCUACAAGAUUUUUUUUGCAAAAUGUCGGCUCACAGGAGGUGACAUGCAGCUCGUUCUGCCAUGUAGUCGCAACGACCUGCAGAAACCUCCCAGAAACUUUUUCUCUGAACGCGGCCAUUUUUAACAAGCUGAGAGCUGCUGCGUGUGUGAACACACACACCCAUAAAACCGAAAGAAAACACACACACACACACUCGAUAAGCUGAGCGAGGAGUUAUAAAGUGCUAUCAGGUUAUUAUCGGCCCUACCGCUUCCUAUUUUCGUCUUUAAUCUUUGUAUUCUGAGUAAUCAUCUUUUUAAUUAAUGGCGACGGCGGCGUGAAAUCUUACACUCCUCGACACCCCCCCCACCACCCCCACCCCCCCGCUGCCCCCACACUCUUUCCCGCCGCCGCCAGAGACACCUGAAACCAAUUAGCAACAGCAGAUCUAGAUGGGGGAUUAGACACAGGAAGAUCAGCAGAGAUGAGAUAAACACAAAGGGAUCGAAAAAAAGAGGAGAGGGAUCGAAAAAAAAAAGCGCCAUAAGGAGUGAAGGAGGAGUUAAAAAAAAAAAAAAAAAAGGAUCCCGUCAGUCAUUCCAGGUGAUCGAUAGGAGGGCGGGGCAGCAGGCGGGGGCAGCAGGAGGAUAUGGCGAGAUUGGGGUGGCAGCCGACAGCGAAGAUAACAACUGGCGGUGAGUCCGUACGUGGAGUAGACUGUAGGAGUCCUGAGUCUUGACCAGCCAGGACUCAUUGUCAUUCCCGGCUCAGUGCGGGCGAGCGAGGGAGGGAAGUACAAAGAGAGAGAGAGAGAGAGAGAGAGAGAGAGGAGACAGACUCUUGGCCGGACGCCAUGAUCACGGCCAAUUAAGAGAAUUUGAUUAUAUGCCUUCAUCUUGGCAGUCAGGUGGAAAAGCAGGCACGGAGAGGAAGAGGAGACGCAGCAGGUGCCGUAUGGUAAUGGUGUGUAUCGGAUACACACCAUUAUCUCAGCCCGUCUGUAAUUGAGUCUGUUUCGGAGCCCCCACCCCCCUGCGUUUUCGCCAUCUCGUACCACAAACCAGAUCCGUCUUCUUUGAGAGGCCCGUCGAAGCAGCGGACGCAAGAGGAGGGCAAAGGAAGAAGCUCAUUUUCUUCCUCGAAUGCACAUUUUUCCCAUUCUUGUUUAGCAACAACAAAACCGAACCCGCCAAACAGAUGUACUCAAUCUGGAGGACAUUUGUUUCCUCCUCUUUCCUCAAUUUCACUCUAUCCAUAUUUGUGGGCAUGUCCUAUUUAGAAGUUUCCCUGCGGCCUCCGCACUCUCCAUAUCAAGUGUGAGAUAAAAGGGACUGAUAAACAGAAAUAAAAAAAUAAAAAAAGGAGAGAGAGACAGCAAGGGAUUAAAUCUGGAGAGGACAGAGCGGAGACUUCAUUUCCUCAGUCCCAGGUACCCCGAGGCUCCCGCCAACACUUCCCCUUUUUAAAAAAUCCUCUUCUCUCCGGAGCUUUUUCAUCCGCCAGCUCUCUUCCUUGUGGAUCGUAUACUCUGCAUCCAUCCAUCCAUCCAUCCACCCAACCGUCCGUCUGUCUAUCCUGGACCCCGCUGAGAUUAAACUGGCUUCCGUCAUCAGAGGGAAUCUUUUGAUAUCGGCUCCUGGUGUCAUCAUCUUCAUUCUGUGGCGGUACAGGCAGCCAGCAGACCAUUCUCCAUGAGGAGCAGUGGAAGAUGCCGGCUCUGCCAGCACUGCUGCUGUCGAUUUACGUCGCCGUCCUGCUGCUGACCAUGGCACCGCUCUCCUUCAGCCAGGCCCUCUCUGCCGUCCGCAUGGCGGCCAUUUUGGAUGACCAGUCAGCGUGUGGUCGUGGCGAGCGUCUGGCGCUGGCUCUGGCGAGGGAGAACAUCAACAGUCUGAUGGAGGGCUCCUCCCAGGCGAGGGUGGAGGUGGACGUCUACGAGCUGCAGACGGACUCCCAGUAUGACACCACUGACACCAUGUGUCAAAUCCUGACGAAGGGCGUGGUCUCAGUGAUUGGUCCCGCCUCCAGCCCCGCCUCUGGGUCCACCAUCAGUCACAUCUGUGGGGAGAAAGAGAUCCCUCACGUGAAGAUCGGUCCGGAGGAAACCCCGAAGCUGCCGUACCUUCGCUUCGCCUCGGUGACCCUAUACCCGAGUAACGAGGACCUGAGCCUGGCCAUCGGCUCCAUCCUGCGCUCCUUCGGCUACCCGACGGCCAGCCUCGUCUGCGCCAAGGCAGAGUGCCUGCUGCGAUUGGAGGAGCUGGUCCACCGCUUCCUGAUCUCCAGGGAGACGCUGUCGGUGCGGAUGCUGGACGACAGCCUGGACCCCACCCCGCUGCUGAAGGAGAUCCGGGACGACAAAGUGGCCACCAUCAUCAUCGACGCCAACGCCUCCAUCUCCUACCACAUCCUCCGGAAGGCGAACGAGCUGGGGAUGAUGUCAGCCUUCUAUAAGUACAUCCUCACCACCAUGGACUUCCCUCUGCUGCGCUUGGACGACGUGGUGGGCGAUCAGUCCAACAUUUUGGGCUUCUCCAUGCUGAACUGCAGUCAUCCCUUCUACCUGGAGUUCAUCCGGAGCCUCAACCUAUCCUGGAGAGAAGGCUGCAACAUCACCCCGUACCCAGGACCGGCGCUGUCGUCGGCCCUCAUGUUCGACGCGGUCCACGUGGUGGUGAGCGCAGUGCGCGAGCUGAACCGCAGUCAGGAGAUCGGGGUGAAGCCACUGAGCUGCACGUCGCCGCUCAUCUGGCAGCAUGGAACCAGCCUCAUGAACUACUUGCGCAUGGUGGAGUACGACGGUCUGACGGGUCACAUUGAGUUCAACAGCAAAGGCCAGCGGACCAAUUACACGCUGAAGAUCCUGGAGAAACACCCCAGGGGCCAUAAAGAGAUCGGCACCUGGUACUCCAACAACACGUUGGCCAUGAACUCCACUUCCCUGGACCUCAACGCGUCAGAGACGCGGCUGGCAACAAGACGCGCCAUCGCCACCACCAUACUGGAAAACCCGUACGUGAUGCAUAAGGCCAACCACCAGGACUACCAGGGCAACGACCAGUACAAGGGUUUCUGUGUGGACAUGCUGCGGGAGCUGGCAGCCAUCUUGAAGUUCUCCUUCAAGAUCAAGCUGGUGGACGACGGGCUGUACGGAGCGCCGGAGCCCAACGGCAGCUGGACCGGCAUGGUGGGAGAGCUGAUCAACCGGAAAGCAGACCUGGCGGUCGCCGGCUUCACCAUCACCUCGGAGAGAGAGAAGGUGAUUGAUUUCUCCAAACCCUUCAUGACUCUGGGGAUCAGCAUCCUGUACCGGGUUCAUCUGGGCCGUAAACCCGGUUACUUCUCCUUCCUGGAUCCGUUCUCUCCAGCUGUCUGGCUCUUCAUGCUGUUGGCCUACCUCGCCGUCAGCUGCGUCCUCUUCCUCGCCGCCAGGCUCAGCCCCUAUGAAUGGUACAACCCUCACCCGUGCCUUCGGGAGCGACCGGACGUCCUCGUGAACCAGUACACCCUGGGGAACAGUCUGUGGUUCCCCGUCGGCGGCUUCAUGCAGCAGGGCUCCGAGAUCAUGCCCCGGGCUCUGUCCACCCGCUGCGUCAGCGGAGUCUGGUGGGCGUUCACCCUCAUCAUCAUCUCGUCCUACACGGCCAACCUGGCGGCGUUUCUGACCGUCCAGAGGAUGGAGGUUCCCAUCGAGUCUCCCGACGAUCUGGCCGACCAAACCAACAUCCAGUACGGCACCAUCCACGGAGGAUCCACCAUGACCUUCUUCAUGAACUCGCGGUACCAGACGUACCAGCGGAUGUGGAACUACAUGAACUCCAAGCAGCCCAGCGUCUUCGUGAAGAGCACCGAGGAAGGCAUCGCGCGCGUCCUCAACUCCAAGUACGCCUUCCUGAUGGAGAGCACCAUGAACGAGUACUACCGCAGCCUCAACUGCAACCUCACGCAGAUUGGAGGCCUGCUGGACACCAAAGGAUACGGCAUCGGAAUGCCUCUGGGCUCUCCGUACAGAGAUGAGAUCACUCUGGGGAUCUUACAGCUGCAGGAGAGCAACCGGCUGGAGAUCCUGAAGAGACGCUGGUGGGAGGGGGGACAGUGUCCCAAAGAGGAGGACCACCGGGCCAAAGGUCUGGGCAUGGAGAACAUCGGCGGGAUCUUUGUGGUCCUGAUCUGCGGCCUCAUCAUCGCCGUCUUCGUGGCCAUCAUGGAGUUUCUGUGGUCGACGCGCCGCAGCGCCGAGACGGACGAGGUAAAACAUCAUCAUCAUCCUCCUACUCCUCUUCCUCUCUCGUGCUCCUCCUCCUGCCCCGCCCCCGGCCUCAACCGCAGCUCUAACACCUCAGUCUCAGUUUGUCAGGAGAUGCUGACAGAGUUUCGAAACGCCGUCUCCUGUAAGAAGAGUUCUCGUUCGCGCCGCCGCCGUCCUCUGAGCAGCGCCGGGGGUGGAGUCCUGCGUCACCCGUCCCGCCUGGCUCUGGCCACCCCCCGCCCCAUCCGCCUGGUCCGCGAGAUGCGCCUCAGCAACGGCAAACUGUACAGCGGUGCAGGCUCGCUGACGGCCGGGCUGGGGGGAGGUAUGGAAGGGGGUCCUGAUUUGGGCCCGGGGCCACACAGGCUCCUGGAGGACCCGCUAGGCGCCAACGCGACCACCGGCAAGCCUCCCCCUCCUCCUCCGGUGUCGUCCCUGGGGGGUCCACCCGCCCCGCUGCGCAGCUUCCUGCAGGGCUGCAGCCACGUGCGGAUCUGCCAGGAGUGCCGGCGCAUCCAGAGCCUGAGGCCGGCUGCCCUCACGCCUCCCCCACCUCCUCCUCCCCCCCCCUCCUCCUCCUCGGCCUCCUCCUGCUCCCGUGUCCCUCCCUCUGUGGGGACGCCGGGGCACCAUCUUCGCCACAACCCGCACCACCACCUCCACUACCACCACGGCUCCAUGUCGCUGCCCCGCCUCCCUCCGCCGCCACCGCCGAUCCCAGCAGACAGAGCCGACAGCGACGGGGGAGGGGGAACGGCGGCGAGCCCGCGGCAGGCCAACGCCAAACCGCCGCCACCGCCCCGGCCGCUCCCUCCCCCCAGGACGCCGACGCGCCUGCCCACAGACUUACUGGCGGGGCACAACUGAGCAGAGGGACGCUGUGUGAGCCGUCAUCAGAGGGGGGUCAAAAGUCAUGGCUUUAAACCCUCAGUGAACUUUUUUUGGGCCCCAACGUCACAGCUGAAUCGGUCCAAAUUGGCCAAUCAGCAGGGGUGGAUGGAAGAAAAACAAAAACAUUUCUACCCAUUUGCAGGGCCAUUCAUAAAAACGACUUUGGCUCAGUGGAUCAUACCAGUAACCUUUCCACAGUGGGGGUGGGGGCAGAUUAAACCACUCUGAAGAAUGAAUCAAAUGUUACAUUUUGGAUUUAACCAGCUGAGUUGAUCAGAGUCUUUGGACCGCAGGGCUGCAGAGGACGGACAAAGAGAAACUGGCUGCCAAAUGGAUGCCAGCCUUUCGGCCAAUCACCACGCCCCCGUGCCAAGCGAGGAGGACUCUUUCUGUAACUGUUUGAAUACUGAACCAGAUGUUUGUAUAGAAGGAGACCCACACACACACACACACACACACACACACACACGGUAGCAGAGAAGCUGUACAGUUAUCACGGUCAUCUGUCAAUCAUUUGGACGCCUCUGGAGGAUGUAGCUCUGAACAACCCUGUUGCUGUUUGUGCAGCGAAUAUCUGGAAAAAAACUGACCAACCAGUGCUGUGAUCCCCCUCAAAGCAGACAAGACACAUGCGUCAAUACUCAGCUGAAGUGUACCAAGAUGCGCCGGGCUAGCAUCCAACUUCACCAAGGAAAGGGGAACGCACAAUGAGACGUCCUGAAAUGUGAAGCUAACGAACGGGGGAAGAGAUGGAGAAAGCGUUUUUCUUUCCGAGUUCAUUAUUUUUUUUGAUGUAAAAAAACUGGUUAAACUGUUGACGGGAUCUUGGUUUGAGGUGUCCGGUUCAAGUGUUGUGUUCUCGUCUGGUUACACAAUUUUAACAGUCAGCCAAUCAGAAACUAGUAUCGGGUGACUAUGACAUAAACCAUUUUGGUUCCUGUUUUUCAAAGAGUAGUUCAACAUUUUGAGGAAUAUGGCCAUUCGCUUUCUUUCCAAGAAUUAGAUGUUCAGAUGGAUAGCAAUCGAAUGCCUGUGUUUUUAGCACCGAGCGAGAGUCAGGACGUGGUUAGCCUAGCUUAGCAUAAAAACGGGUGUUAUUUAAUAUAAGCCUGUCUGGGGACUUUGUUUGACGUUUGGCAACCAAUCAAUAGGACAUCGCAAAGAAAUAAAGUUACAGCAAGUAACGCCCCUAAAAUGCUUUUUUACAUGUUUGAGUACCGAUUAAACAAACGAGAUGCAACAUGUGAAUGAGUGAGCUUUAGAGGUGUUGGUAGGUGGAUAUUUUGGACAGAGCCAGACAGAGCCAGGCUAGCAGUUUCCCUCUACGUCCAGUCUUUAUGCUAAGCUAGGCUAACCACGUCCUGACAUGAAAUUGAUAUCCAUCUGUAAAACUAACUCUCAGAGAGACAGAAAACGGGCGCCAUUUUUUUCUCCAAAAAUGUUGAACUAGUCCUUUAAAGUCUGAGCUAUUUGAACUGUUCACUGCCGCCACACGCCGCCAAAGAACAAAGAAGCAUCCGCCUACUUUGCUUUUUCAAAGUAAAAGUCCUAAGAAUCCCAUGUAGCCAAAUUAGUUCCGCCUAAAAUCAAGUUUUCCAAAUUGAUGCCAGACCUGUGAUGAAUGAAACAGCCAGAUCAGCUAAAUUUCUGGUCCAACUGCUGGUGCCGGGCUAGCUCAAAGCUGGCCCUACUGUUGCUAACUCAAGCUUAUUCCCCCAACCCCCAAAACCGGGGCAAAUCUGGUAGCCAUAUCUGGGCCAGAGCAAGCUUACAUUUGUGUUGACAGUUCAGAUCUUAAAAAACGGUUUGGUGAAUCAGACGCCGUUUGUAAGGGACUGUAUGGAAAUUAUUUGGGGCAGCUCUUUUGGCUGAAGGGUCGUCUUCUUAGAGGUUUGUGAGAGAGUCUCCCACAGCUUACUCAUAAUUUAUUUAAGUGAGAUUUAUUGUUGGAUAUUGUAUUCUAAUUUCUCUUCUAAAGUGUGAAUUGGUGGCUAUUGUGUAAUUUCAAGGUUUAAAGUGGAGUACACCAUCUUAAUUUACUUUGUUUGUAUUUUGAGUUUUUAGUGGUGAAACCAGUUGUAGCAAACCAAUACAGUUGCAGUAUGUUGUUAUGAGACCUUGAGGGGAGAGCUGUUGCUUUUUUAUAAAAAAGAAAAACAAAAGGUGUAGCCCCUCUUACCAAUCAAAUAAUUUUCAUACAGUCCCUAAAAAAUAAGAGGAACUACCUCAGUACACUUGUGUAUGUUUUAGGUGAGUAUUAAAGCUGUUUUUGGCCAGUGGCGCUCAGACAUGUACGACACACACACACACACACACAUUCAAAGACAAACUUGGAGGACAAACUGCAAAAGAAAACCAAUUGCGAUUGUAAUUUCCUUCCUGUGUCGAAUCAGAGUAUUGUUUAUUUUUUUUUAAAUUUCCUUUCUCUUUUUCAUGGUAACUUUCAAUCCCUCAGCCCCCUUAAAUUGACGCCAUGGUGAUUCGGUCACCAGGGCGGGAUGUCAGCGUUCAAAAGGUCCCUGUCAGCUGCCGGCGAACUCCACGACCCGUACAUCGACAAAUCAAAUCGGCCGAUGAUUACUCGACAUAAGUGCUGAUAUUGUCGAUUCCACAUGUAAUUGCUUUACUGUCGCCCGCCUGCAGGGUACGAACGAAAAGGAGCCAAAUGUAAACCAAGUCCUGCACUAAUUCUUUUUGAAACGUUGUUUUAUUGAAGAUCAGUGCCUGUCUUUUUAUUAUUUUUGUAAUUUCUCUUGCAUAGAGUCUGUUAAGAAAAUAACCAAGCAGCAUCUGCGAAAAAGAAAUUGUUUAUGAAAAUGACAAAAACGCACAGGAAUGUUGAUGUAAAAUGUAAAAUGUGACUUUGUGCGUGUGCGUGCGCGCACGUGUGUUUGUGUGUGUGCGUGUGCGUGUGUGUGGCGAUAAAGAAGGAAUCCUGUUGUAUGUUUCGUCAUAUUGUCUGCAGUUUUAUUAUAUUUUCUCUGCCCCUCCCUCAGAUUUGUACCAGCAGUGCUCGGCUCAUCAGUAGGUCAGAGACGACAGAUGGAUAUUAUUCAGAUGAUUCUAUUGUUAUCAUUAUUAUUAUUGAUAUUGACGUGUGGGGUGACUGUAGGAGGGGACCAGCCCUUCUGAUGUUCAAUAUAUAGACACACAUUUGGAAUAAAAAAAAAAAAACAG